GUCUAUAAGGCGGGCGCUGGGCGCCGGCAAGCGGGCUGCUCCCUCAUCGACGCCGCCCUCGCCCCGCUCCCCGUCUCCCCGCUCCCCGUCUCUCCGUCUCCCCGCUCUCCCCUCAUGGAGGUGGGCUGUGCCGGCUCCCAGCGCGGUCUCGGCCGCCCCCCUCACCUGCUCACGGAGCCCCGGGGUGAGGUGCAGGCCGCCGGGCCCGAGUCCCUGUCCGCGUCCGGCGACGUCUACGAGUCGCUCCCCGAGAGCGCUUCGGUCAGGGCGCACAUGCUGGCGGGCUCAGUGGCCGGUAUCCUGGAGCACUCGCUCAUGUACCCCAUCGACUCGGUGAAGACACGCAUGCAGAGUUUACAGCCCCAUCCCAACGCACAGUACAAGAAUGUAUUUGAUGGUCUCCUGAGGAUGAUCCACACAGAAGGCAUCUGGCGGCCUCUGCGAGGACUGAAUGCGAUGGUGGUCGGUGCGGGCCCCGCCCACGCUAUGUACUUUGCCUGCUAUGAGAAAAUGAAAAGGACUUUAAGUGACGCCAUCAAUCAUGGUGGCAAUAGUCACUUGGCAAACGGUAUUGCAGGAAGCACUGCAACGCUGCUGCACGACUCCAUCAUGACGCCAGCUGAAGCCAUCAAGCAACGGAUGCAGAUGUUCAAAUCUCCCUACAACGGCGUGUUGCAUUGCAUACGGGUGGUGCGUCAGGUGGAAGGGAGCAGUGCCUUUUACCGCAGCUACACCACGCAGCUGACCAUGAACGUGCCCUUCCAGGCCAUCCACUUCAUAACUUACGAGGUCAUGCAGGAGUGGCUGAACCCGGCGCGGCUGUACCAUCCCGCCACGCACGUGGUGUCGGGGGCCAUGGCGGGAGCGGUGGCCGCAGCCGCCACCACCCCACUGGACGUGUGCAAGACUCUGCUGAACACCCAGGAAAGCCUGGCGGUAAACACAGUGAAGUCCAACAACGGGCACCUCUCGGGCCUGGCCAAUGCCUUCCGGACGGUCUACCAGCUGGGCGGCCUCCCCGCCUACUUCAAGGGCGUGCAUGCCCGCAUCAUUUACCAAAUGCCCUCCACUGCCAUUUCCUGGUCGGUCUACGAGUUCUUCAAGAGCGUCAUUACCAAGAGGCAGAAACAGGACUUGUCGCCCUCUUUGUGAGGGCAUCCGUUUUAUCAGAAAUAUGGCACAGCUUUGAACGAGUGGCUCCCAUGGACUUCAAGGAGGUGAACUAGCAUACCGUAAUGCUCGGUGUGCGUGCCUAGCAUAAUGUUACAUACUACCUUGGGACCUUGCACAGGACCUCUCUUUUCCAGACCAACCUUAAAAAAAAAUUUAGUGGCCAAUUUUAAAAGUCGAGUUUCAAAUAAUAUACAGGCGUGGAAGAGGGCUGAAUUUGAAUCACAGAAGACCUUUGAACCCAGACAGUGGCUGAAAUCUGGAGCACCGCUUAACACUUGGGCAAUUCCAGAAUCCCCUGGCUGUGAGUUGCGGUACUCGAUGGAUGGGGAUGUCGGUUUCAAUAAAUCCUGUUUCUAACCGGGGAAAUUAAAACCAGGGCGUUAUUUGCAACACUCAAUAAGGUUGUGUUUUGCAGAGGGAUUGUUGUACGAGUGUGGACAGGGUAUGGGAAGGGGUUCGUAUGAAAUGAGAUGGGUAGCUUGUUUUAUUUGAGCUUGUCCUGCAAUACGCAAGUGCACAUACUGGAGUGGGCAGUGUGUGCUUGCGCAAGUAAGAAAGACCUUCCAAUCCAAGGUGACAAAUAUUUGACACUUAAUCUCUGAUCUAUGUGAGUUGGCUGUUGGGUUAAGGGAGAGCUUAAUGGAGGAGGGAGGUUGUCAAAAGUAGUGGUGGAGCAGGGGGAAGAAAGGAGAGUGUGAGUGAGGGGAAAUGGUUGAAAAGAGUGUGAGUGGGGAAGCAUGUAAGGGAGGCGAGGAAGGUUGAGGAAGAGGAGUUGGGUUUGUGGAGGAGGUAAGGAAUAGAUAGGCGAGGGAGAUGAGUGAGGUAGAAAUAAGAGGAUAUUUGUAUGGGAAGCGGUAAAGGAGAAAAAGAGGGGGAGGGAAUGUGAGAAGGGUAUGUUAGGAUGUUAUGGAGAGGAGUGAAGGAGUAAUUUGUGGGUGAGAGGCGAGGCAGAAAAUGUGGAUAAAGUGGCAGAGAGAAAGGUACUGGGUGGGGAAGUAGAUGAACGUUGAGUGGAUGGUCAAUGCAGAUGUGCAUAGGAAUUUACCUACCUUUGUCUGUGGCAAAUGUGGGUGAGGUGUGAGUGCAUUGGAGGAAAGUAGGAAAGGGUGUUGGGUCUGCACCUCUGUCUGUUCCAUGCUGGGCAUUAGAUGAACAAAUGCAUUAGGUAAGGAUGCCCGUGGGCUUGGUUGAAUAGAGUACUGUUGCUGAUAUCUGCUGUUUGUGCAACUCCCUAACUCCAUCCAUGGCUGCCCAGAGGGAAGAUGGUGCUUACGUUGAAACAGACAAAAUACAUUUUAUACAUAUUUUGGUCAGGCGCAGAGAGAUAGAUUAUCAGAUUGUGUUUUUUGCCACCAGUUACUGAGGGGAAAAAAUGAGUUGCCUUUCUCUUCCUACUUGUCAAGUUCCUACAAUUGAUGCAAGGUACGGCAUAGGAGGAGGGGUGGCAAGGAGCUUGACUGUUUCAAAAGUUUUUAUUGACCAUAAGUAUGAAGAUUACCCGAUGGUGAAAUGCGCACCUUUGUUAAAGCCUUUGAUCUCUCUGCGGGUUCUCCCGUUUCCAUGCGUGGCCGGUGGAAGUUCAUUCCUGCUCAUCUGUAUGGUGCUGAAUGUCCAUUGUGCCUGUGUGAGACUUGCUGCUCCUCUCUACCUCGCCCUCUUGUUCUUUCUUUCUCCACUUUCCCCAACCCCCCCCCCCCCCCGUAUUUAUCUGCUGAACUUUAGCCACUGCGAGGUUGAGACCACCUCAUUCCCUGCAUGGUUUCAAUCUGAUCAGAGAAUAAAAACUACUGACAUUUUUUAUUUUUAGAAAUAAAACUCCAAUUGCCAUUUUAAGGUUGCCAAGAUUUUCCAGUUUCAAUCGCCAAUCGAGGCCACUGAGUAGUGUUAUCCCUGUCUCUUUUACUCCUUUUCUUCACCCCAACCAAGCCUUUCAUGGGCAGGAAUGAGUCGGGAAUAAUGAGACUCUGGAGGGCAAAUCCUAGAUCACCCUCACUCCCCAAUGGAACAGUUGGUGAGGAUGGUCUUCUGACAUGAUGUCCCGCAGUUGAUGUUUGGGGUGGCAGUUCUGGCUCCUGAUAGAAUCCCCGAGGCCAAUGAUGAGCAAUUUAUUGAGAGAAUCGUAUCGGGAUAGUAACUGCCCAACACUAAUAAAAUGUCCAGGCUUGGGUUGAGGAGAUUGGAUACAAAACCAUUGGCUACCUCAAACACCUCAACCACUCUGCUCCUCCGGCCUUAUGCAUUGGGUAAUUGGAUUUUCACUGCUCAGCUGCUGUAAACAUUGGUAUUUUUAAAAUGAUCCUUUCUCACUCUCUGAAACGAUAACUUAUUGUCUCUUUGGAGUAUGAUUUUCUACUGAAGCAUAAAGAUUGAUAUCCACUGGAAAUUCUCGAGAUGCUUUGAAACCAAAUACCAUGUAUUUUUAAAAUGCUAAAUUAAAAAGUCUCUUUAAACUGGUUGUUGCAAUA